UGUUUGUGUGAGGGCGGGGCGCCGCGUCACGCGGGGGCAGGUCCCGGAGUUCCCCGCGCGGCGCUUUCCGUUCCUCGUCGUUUUCCGUUCCUCCCGGCGGCCGUUGUGAAUGCUCCGCUAUGCGCUCCCUCGGAGGGUUCUUGCUGGUCCUGGGGGCGGCCACGGCGGCGCUUUACUUGCUGUCGGUGCGGCUGCCCGGAGAGCCGCGCGCGGGGAGCGGGUCACUAAAGUUUCCUUCAGACCUAGAGGAACUGCAAAAGCUUGCAGAGUUUCUACGGUACUACAAUAGAGAACACCAUACUUAUGUGCUGCUACUGUUCUGCAGUGCCUACCUAUACAAACAGUGCUUCGCCAUACCUGGCUCCAGUUUUCUGAACAUCCUUGCUGGGGCUCUCUUUGGACCAUGGAUGGGACUCCUGUUGUGUUCUGCCUUGACUUCUGUGGGUGCCACUUGCUGCUAUGGGCUGUCCAAUGUGUUUGGGAAAAAAUUUGUCACCUACUAUUUUCCUGAUAAGGUGGCCAUGCUUCAAAGGAAGGUGGAAGAGAACAGAAAUUCCUUAUUUUUUUUCUUGUUGUUUCUGAGGCUGUUUCCCAUGACUCCAAACUGGUUUCUGAAUCUCACAUCUCCAAUCCUGAACAUCCCUGUUACUCAGUUCUUCUUCUCUGUAUUCAUAGGCCUCAUCCCGUAUAACUUCAUCUGCGUCCAGACUGGUUCAAUCCUUUCACAGAUCACCUCCCUUGAUGCUAUUUUCUCCUGGAGUACUCUGUUCAGGAUGUUGGCUAUAGCCAUGGUGGCAUUAAUUCCUGGGACCUUCAUUAAGAAAUUCAGUCAGAAGCAUCUCAACUUGGACAAAAACAACCAGAGUGCCCAUUUCCUCAAUGGGAGAAAGAGUAGCUGAAUGGGCUGGGUUAGGACCAGAUAUUAUAGAAGUCUAUUUAUGGGAAAGGUGCAAUUCUCCCCCCCCCACCAGCCCAUUUUGUUUUUACUGAACUUUAAAAUCCCUGGUGCAGGCUUGGGCAUCUCCUUUCAGUAACACAUAGACAGAAAACAAUUUCUGCUCUUAGUGUGUGUGUUU